AUGGACCUUGGCGCUUGUUCCUCUUCAUCCGUGGCAGCCGAUGAUCAUAACGCGCUAUCGCCCGAAAGCCUCUCCAAAGUGAAUAGUCAUGAAUACACAACCCCAAGAUCCUCUGAGGCCAGAGACGAAGAUCCAGUAUGUGUAGUAGGGAUGGCUUGCCGACUGCCAGGAGGCAUCAAGUCCCCUUCGGAUCUCUGGAAGUUUCUCGUUGAGAAGAAAUCAGCUCAGGGAAAGAUCCCCGCCACCAGGUUCAAUGCCUCAGGAUAUCAUUCCCAAUCCGGUGAUCGUGCUGGUGUCAUGAAUGUCGAUGGCGGAUACUUUAUCGACGAGGACCUCCGCGCAUUUGAUAAUGCGUUCUUUGGCAUCAACAAUUUAGAGGCCACAUACAUGGACCCCCAGCAGCGAAAACUACUAGAGGUCGUUUUCGAGUGCUUCGAGAGUGCAGGCGUGUCCAUGGAUGAUGUCUCAAAUUCCAAUACGGGCGUAUACGUUGCCAGCUUUACGCAUGACUACUUUUUAAUGCAAAUGCGCGAUCCAGAUUACUUACAUCGGUACCAUGGUACAGGAUCUGGAACGACCUUGCUAGCCAAUCGGAUCAGUCAUGUCUUCAAUCUUCAUGGCCCCAGCUUCACAAUCGAUACUGCUUGCUCAUCAUCCAUUCAUUGUUUACAUGCCGCUGUAUCGGCAUUGAAGGCAGGCGAAUGCGAUGGUGCUGUUGUUGCCGGUAUCAAUCUUUUACUUACGCCCGAGCCCUUUGUGGCAGCGAUGAAGACGGGUGUCCUGUCGUCUACUGCAACCUGUCAGACAUUUGAUCGUAAUGCUGACGGGUACGGACGAGCAGAGGGCGUUGAUGCCGUCUAUCUCAAGCGUUUAUCCGCGGCGAUCAGAGACGGGGAUGAGAUACAUGCUGUCAUUCGUGGGACUGCUGUCAACUCCAACGGACGCACACCCGGUGUCACUCUACCCAGCGCAGAUUAUCAGGAAGCGGUGAUUCAGAAAGCAUAUAAGAGCGCCGGAAUAAGCCCUUCGGACACUGAUUAUAUCGAAUGCCAUGGAACAGGGACUGCUGUCGGUGAUCCCAUUGAAGUUGAGGCUCUCUCACGCUUCUUCUCCUCGCCAGAUCGCCCCCUCCUAAUGAUUGGCUCGGUCAAAUCCAAUCUCGGCCACAGUGAAGCCACAAGUGGUCUCACUUCUUUACUCAAAGUUGUUCUUGCUUUUCAACAUGACAGAAUCCCACCAAUGAUAGCCCCGAAGAGCCUAAACCCCAAACUGAGACUUGAUGACUACCGGAUGAAAAUUCUCACUGAAACUGAGAAGUGGCCCAGGGACAUUCUUCUUGAGUCUCUUGACAGCUUUUUAUGGCGUGCUGGCGCGUUUCAAGACGAAAAACUUGGUGAGGAAGGGGAGAAUAUCACGGUGACUCUCCCAGUAUCGGCUGUAUCUCAGGAGUCAUUAUCUUUGCGCACUAAACAGAUCAUGAGCCUGGCCCAGAAAUCUGAUGCUCAGACUCUCAUGCGAAUGGCCUUUACAUUAGGCCUGCGUACACCUCACCUGGAUAGAAGGAACUCGAUCGUGGCAAGAGUAACCCCCCGCGAGCUACAGUCCGAAUCUGAAAUCGCGUCGGCAUCUCAGGUUACCAUUGGAGCCGGACAGCGGUCCCUACCCCUUGUCUUCGUUUUCACUGGUCAGGGUGCACAAUAUGCUAAUAUGGCGCGUGAGGUUCUUCAAGAGUCCCAAUAUUUCCGAGAGGAGAUUCAGAGGAUGGACCAAGUUCUGCAAGCGUUGCCGUCGCCGUACAAACCAUCCUGGACACUGGUUGAUAUUAUCAACCAGCCCCCCGAGACGGCCCAGGUUCAUCAACCUACUUGCAGCCAAGCACUGUGCACUGCGAUCCAGAUUGCCAUGGUACAGCUAUUGAGAGCUUGGAAUUUGCAACCUUCAGCAGUUAUUGGGCACUCGUCGGGAGAAAUUGCUGCCGCUUUUACUGCCGGCCUCCUGAGUGAGUCCGAGGCCAUGCUUGUUGCUUACCUUCGAGGCUACGCUGUCGAGCAGGUGCAGACCGAUGGCGGCAUGAUAGCCACAGCCUUGGACGCCGCAAGUGCCGAGACCCUUAUCAAACAGCUCAGUCUCGCAGAGCAGCUUUGUGUGGCGUGUUAUAACUCGCCUAAUAAUGUUACCAUUAGCGGCUCAACGGAAGCCAUUGACACUCUUUCUCGGGAGCUGGUGGCAACGAAUACAUUCCACCGCGUUCUGGAAACCGGAGGGAGGGCCUAUCAUUCAUCGGCGGUGGCACAAGUUGGAAGACUCUACGAGAGGUUAUUGUUGGAUGUUGCGAACUUCAAAGACAGAGACCAGUGGACGGCGAAUGUGCCUAUGUACUCGACAGUUCAUUCUACGAGUAGGGAAGUCGCAUUCGUUGACUACUCAACAGACAUGCCGAGCUAUUGGCGAGCCAACUUGGAAAGCCCUGUUCAAUUCAGUGCGGCUCUUGAGCAUCUUUCAUCUGCUCAUGAAUGUCACUUGGUGGAAAUCGGCCCCCAUCCUGCUCUGAAAGGCCCGAUCCGUCAGGGAGUCUCGAGUCGGCAUCUGCCGUACGCGCACUCCUUGACGCGCAACGAAAGUUCAAGUUUCUCUAUAAAGAAGCUUGCGGGGACACUCUUCAAGUAUGGCUACAAGUUAGACUGGUCCAGCGUCAAUGAUCUUCCAUCCAUCGCCCAAAGAACGACCGACGAAAUCCCGCCAUAUCCAUGGGACUACUCAAACGGGCUGCCGUGGUUUGAAUCCCGGGAAGCCAGCGAAAUCAGAAAUCGCCAAUAUCCUCGCCAUGAGCUUCUAGGCUCGCUCCGGGCCGCUGGAAACGGGAUCGACUAUUGUUGGAGAAACACACUCCGCCUGAAUGAAGUUCCUUGGGUGGCGGACCACAAGGUUGAAGACCAGAUUGUCUUUCCUGCGGCAGGCUAUCUGGCAAUUGCAAUUGAAGCGCUGUCACAGAUCCUGGGGGAUAGUCUGCCACUGACUCCUGAUUUCGAGUUUCAGAAUGUGUCUUUCAAUGCAGCUCUUCUUGUGAAGGAUGAGGGGAGCGGUGCAGACUCUGAGAUGCAUACCAUCAUGGCACCACGACGGCUAUCUGCGAAGCAACUGUCCUCUACCUACUAUGACUUUUCCAUUAGUUCUUGGAAAUCUCAUCACGUCCUUACUCACUGCUCUGGUGGCAUUAGACUGUCAUCGGCUACAUCCAACGAAGGUUCUGUCAAUAUUCGAGACACUGCAGGCUACAGGAUGUGGCCCAUGAAGCGAUGGUAUGAGAAGGCCAGCGAGGAGGGCCUCGUAUUUGGACCUCACAUGCAAUCCGUCGUCGGCUUGCAGACGGAUCGCAGUCGCCUCAGUUCCGAUAGCAUCUGCCACACACAGAUAAAGCCUUUAGCGCUGGCGGCAUCAAGCACGUCCUACCAAAUCCACCCCAUCACGAUCGAUGCCUGCCUGCAAGCCGCCAUUUUGAGUGCUGCUACGGGUACCCCAAGCAAUCUGCGUCCUUAUCUUCCAGUAUUCCUUCCUAAAUGCGUCAUGCGGACAUCGACUUUUGCUGGGCCCAGCUCAGAAGCGUAUAUCCAUGUCCGAUCUCACAAAACUGGCAUCUCCAAUCUCAAAGCAGACUGCACGCUUCGAGAUGCUCAAGGAAAACCGAUGGCUGACUUUAAUGGAAUCAGAUUAUCCCUUUACGAUGGAAAGCUGGUCAAGACUAGUUCCAAUGACUUGCACUUGCAGCGUCAUCCAGUCAUGCGCGUCUUUUGGAAACCAGACGCUGCUCACCUGCAUACAGGCACUCGAGCGCAGCUCGAUGAUUAUAUUGCUAGGUUCUCGGAUGCCCAUGGCCAAGAGUUUCAGUCUCAAAGAUCAGCCUCCAUUGCAGCAUUACUUGAUCUUCUGGGUCAUAAGAAUCCCCGCAUCCGAGUCUUGGAAAUCCAGGAUGAAGCUGUAUCCGAAACUCAGAACCCAUAUCUCCAGCUCUUAGAUGAUGGGACAGCAUAUCCUCGUUACAGUUCAUGGUCCAAGACUGUGAUGGAGGAAUCUAACCGACUACCAAUACUAGGAGAUGAGGUCUUUGAUGUUCUCGUUGACACACGUUUCAAUCCUCAACUCCCAUGGGAUCAGCUCGAAGCUAGUCUCAGUCUAAAUGGAAGUAUUAUCAUACGCAAGUCAGAGGAAGCUUCUGUGAUUUUGGAAGCCAAAGGAUUCACCACGAUUCCGGUCCGAGGGGACGUGAUUCUUGCGACCCGUGCGUUGCCACAAUCAAGUUUAGAGAAAACAGAGGCAGUAAUUUUGACUCGUAAACCUUCCUUGGCCGCACAAAAGCUCGCAGACUCAUUGGAGACCCACCUCCGUAACAAUGGUGCCCAAGCAGUGUCUGUCGUCGAAUUCGAGAGUCUCUCAAACAGCUCAACAAUUACUCGGGAAACACUAGUUAUUUCUUUUCUUGAAUUGGAGAACGAACUUCUUGGUAGCCUGACAGAGGAACACAUGAACCUCCUCCGCACCUUGACAGAUACUGUCAAAAAUCUCCUUUGGGUCACAGGUGCCAACAUGCUAUCAGAACCAAAUCCGGACUUGGCAAUGGCUCCCGGCUUGUCUCGUUCGAUCAUGAUGGAGCAACCGUCGCUAAACUUCAACAUUCUAGAUAUAGGUCCAGUCGAGGGUAUGGGACAGGCUUCGAUAGAAACCACUUGUGACAAUGUGGUGCGAAUCAUGGUCGGGCCCCGGGCUAUUGAUGACAAAGAGUUCAUCCAAGUCAACCGUCUCCUAUACAUCAGCCGUCUAGGGUCUGACUUUUCGACCAACGCCUUGUUCCGCCGUCGGUUGGGGAUGGAGCAAGGGUUCCAAGAGACAACUCUCGAAAAUGCCGGCAUUGCUCGUCUAGAGGUUGGGCAGGCCGGUAUCACUGAUUCACUAUACUUCCAACAGCAUCCAGCCGAGCUUUCAGAGUCACCCCCCAAGGGGUACAUCGACGUCAAGACCCAGGCAGUCAGCCUCAACGCAAAAGAUAUUUAUGCUAUUAGUGGCCGGGUAGAAACUAGAAACGCCACCAAGUCUCUCGAAUAUGUUGGCAUCGUUACGGCAAUUGGUCCCGAAGUUGAACAAGAGAUCGAAGUCGGCUGUCGUGUGUUGGUAUGUGUGCCCAACGAUUGGUCGACCAUCGCCCGUGUGCCAGCUUGGCAGGCUCACAGGCUUCUUCCUGAAGAGGAUGCAAAAGUCAUGGCCACCUUGCCCGUGGCAUGGGGAGCGGCUCUGUAUGCCGUCCGUGAACGAGCCUACUUGCGCGCUGGGGAAACCAUCCUGGUGCAUUCUGGUGCUGGCGCUUUUGGAUCUGCGGUAAUCAGAUUGGCGCAGCAGAUUGGCGCAGAUGUCUACACCACCGUCGGGGCCAGCAAAAGACGAGAGUUUCUAAUCAGGGAAAUGGGUAUUCCCGAGGAUCACAUAUUCUCUUCACGAGAUGAAUCGUUCGAGGAAGACAUCAUGAAAGCAACAAAUGGACGUGGUGUUGACGUUGUCAUCAACUCUCUUGUUGGUGAUCUAAUGCACGCAAGCUGGCGUUGUGUCGGCGAUUUUGGCCGUUUUGUCGAGGUAGGGAAGAAAGAGCUUCUUGACGCGGGCAAACUUGACAUGUCGGUUUUCGCUCGCGGCGUAACUUUCACGGCUUUUGAUACUACGGAGAUGCUGUUUCAUCAUGAUGAUUACUACAGGAAAACAUACAUCAGUUUGAUCAAGGAUAUUCUCUCCAUGUACCGGUCAGGAAAGAUCAAACCUGUUCCCAUCACGGAAUUUGAUGUUGGUGAGAUUUCGCAGGCAUACCGUUUCUUCUCCUCCAAGGACAGAGUAGGCAAAGUCGUCAUCUCACUUGAAAACCCCAACAGCAUUAUCAAGAUUAUGCCUCCCAAAUACACAUCAAAAUUUGCGUCACACAAAUCAUACCUGCUCGUUGGUGCGCUGGGCGGUCUGGGCCGAAGUCUAAGCAGCUGGAUGAGAUCCCAGGGUGCCCGCAAUUUCGUCUUCAUGGCGAGAUCUGGCGCUUCCAAAAAGGAGGCCAAGGAUCAAGUCGACUAUCUAAGACGCUCUGGAGCACGUGUCCAAGUUGUCCAAGGCGACGUCUCAAGCAGUUCGGAUGUCGAAAAGGCUGUCGCUGAGUCCAAAGCACUGGGUCCGAUAGGAGGCGUCGUCCAUGCCGCCAUGGGUCUUCACGAGGAUCUAUUUGGUCGCAUGAGCAAUGAGGGCUGGCACACCAGUGUCCAAUCUAAAUGGCAAGGUGCGUGGAACCUCCACAAUGCCCUUCAGAGCCAGGCUGCGUCCCCUGAUUUCUUCCUCCUCGCCUCUUCCAUGACUGGGACGGUCGGAGUUGCCACGGAGACCAAUUACUGCGCUGCAAAUGCGUUCUUGGAUGCCUUUUCGUAUUGGCGUCGUCGACAGGGUCUCCCUACCGUGUCCAUCGGUCUUGGGAUGGUAUCAGAAGUCGGAUAUUUGCACGAAAAUCCUCAAAUAGAAGCCUUGCUUUUGAGACGAGGCAUCCAGCCUCUGAACGAAGACGAGUUCCUCCAGGUUGUUGAUCUUGGAAUUGGCGAUGCUGGCAGAGAUAUAGGAAACUCCACUGUGACCAACUCCCACAUGCUCACCGGUAUGGAGACAUUGGGUGUUCGUAAGCUGCUCGACAAGGGCUUCGAGGUGACUCACACCGUGAUGGACGAUGAGCGGUCGUCGAUUUUGUCUGCAGCCUUGGAUUUUGAUCGAACUAGAAACACGGGCGACCCAAACAACGUCUCUAGCGGUGCAAGUCUUGGCUGGAUGAAGGGCCUUCCCGAGGUUGCAACCAAGUCUCUCAUGAAGGAAACGAGUGCUUCAUCGCUCAAGGAGGCGCUUAGCCUUGUGAUUGGAAGGAAGUUCUCCAACUUGAUUCUCAUGCCCUUUGAAAAGAUCGACUAUGCACGGUCAUUUGCGCAGCUUGGAGUCGACAGUAUGAUCGCGUCUGAAUUCCGUGCCUGGUUUUGGAACGGUUUCGCUGUUGACAUUCCAUUCUUGGACUUUUUGAGCCCAGACAAGAACUUGGAGGCUGUAGUAUCGUUUGCGGAGGCCACAUUAGCAAAGGAGUCGAAGGGAAAGUUUGGAGAGUAG